AACAAAAUUUUUCUUCUACUCUCCUUCUUUUAUUCUUCCUUUAUUAUGUCCUCAAUUUCCCCGCCCCAAAAUCAUCCUUCUUCUUCUCCCCUUUAUUCACCACAAACUGAAGAAACAUUUGGCAAAAAAGAAGAAUUAUCUACCAAAUCAGUGUCAAAAAAUUUAAAAAACAAAACAAAAAUAAAUUUAAACAACAAAAUUAUAAAUAAACCAGCAUUUGUUGCUUCUACUUUAGCUCAGAGACAAAUUUUGCCUCAAAACGCUCCUUGCAGACAGAGAUAUAACGCUGCAUUUAUUGCUCUUCAAUUUGCUUAUAAACAAGCAAUGACACAAAAACAUUCAGUUGAAAAUGGGUGUAAAAUAGAGCAAAUUGUUGAUGAACAAAAACUUUUGGAAUUAAAAAGAAAUAUGGCUAAUUGUAGGGAAAGGCAGAGAACGGAAGAAUUAAACGAGGCAUUCAAAAGACUCAGACAUACAAUACCUUCAAUUCCGUCUGACAAAAUGAGCAAAAUCCAUACUUUGAGAAUUGCAACAGAAUAUAUUCGGUUUUUGGAUAGAGCAUAUAAAUUAAUGGAUUUGGCUACAAAUAAUGAAAAUGUAUUUAUAAAUAAUUCUAUCAAUUAUUUCUAUAAUGAAGAACAAAUGGCUGUAACAACUUUUGAAAGCAUAAACCAGCUCCGUACAAAUUUUAAUUUGUGGCGUAGUGAAUUAUCAACAAUUAAUAUGAUGGCAGAAAAACAAAAAAAGAAUUUAAAUAAUUCGGAAAAUGAAUUAUUUAAAUAA